AUGGACAGGCAGACAUUAUUAGAGCAGAAAAAGAAACGGCUUCAGGAGCUCAAACAGCGAAGGCUUACUGGUUCUUCUCCAGACGACACUUCCGUAGAUAGUCUUCUACAACAGAUCGAAAAACUGAAACUAGCCAAAAAGCUGGUGGAAGUGGGAAUACAGGUAGAUUUUUCUGUGGACGUGGCUGUUUUACAUAAACACGAGCAGCUGACAGCAAAAUCCUUAAAUGAACAAUUCAAGGUUGAAAAGGAAUGCACUACGUUUGACAAAGCUAUUCAGACUACAGAUAUCUCAGAAACGGUGGAAAACGAAAAUAAUGAAAAAAUCGCAUACGAGGGUCAAAAGGAGGAAUUAAAAGAUAAGAUUUCACAUAUUGAACAAGAGCGUCGUGUCACUGUUGCAGAAUUCUUUGACGAGAAGAAGUUGAAUGAACUGCUUAGAGAAUCAAUCAAAAUCCUCAGCAAACUAAAACUGGUGCAGACUGUAGACUUGAAGGAUAUACGAAAUUAUGCUGAAGGAGCACAAGAAACUAUUCAGGAUAAAAUUGCAGCAGGAGAUCUGCCUAUACAGCGAUUCAUACUAUCUGAAGGUAUUACCCACAAGCCAGUUUCGUCCAUAGACUUUUCAUCCCAUUUUCCGGAGCUAGUCGUAAUUGCAUAUUCCAGUAAGAAAAGUACGAUUCCACAACCGAAAGGCGAAAGUCCCGGGCUAGUAAUCGUCUAUUCCAUGAGGGAAAAUACUCUUUUCCCUGAGUUCUUUUUGCAUGCUACAGCACCAGUGACAGUUGUCAAGUUUGAUAGAACAGAUUCAAGAAAAAUCAUUGGAGGUCUAGCCAAUGGGAAAGUGGUGAUUUGGGAUUUGCAAAAUCGAAACCCAACGAAGGUAAUUAUAAUUCCUCAACUUUCAACACCUGUUUACUCUCCCAGGGUGAAUACUGAUGAUUCUAAUGUUGACUAUGUUCACCAUGUAAAACCCAUAGUUUCUCUUCUUCUGAUAAACCUUUCCGGAAACGAAUGUAUCGUGUCUUUUUCCAAAGAUGGAGUAGUAAAUGUGUGGUCGACCAGCUUCUUGGCACAUCCCAAGAUAAGUACUUUGAUGCUUCAGUGUGCAAGAGAUUCGACGGGAGCUCUCGGUACUUUAUUUCCCUUGAACAUCCUGCUGGCUUCAUUGCUAGGAGAUUCGUUGCAGUCUAGUAAAGAAAAUCCUGAAUUUUUGAACCAGGUGGUUGUAUCAUCAGAAAACGGAAAACUCUACCUUUUGAACAAUAAGGAAAGUGAUCGUUUUAUAGAGAAAGUUUUGAGCCCUCAAAACUUUGAAGAACCCAAAUCGCACCCUCCGAAUGUAACUGCCUUCGACAUCUUAACCAAGGGUAAUAUCACAUAUAUAAUUUCUGCAUGUCUGGAUUGGACACUUCGACUUUGGAGCAAUGCCAAAGAAACACCACUAGUAACUAUCCCAACCAAUUCGUUACCUUUGGAACUUGCAGUUCGGCCAGGAUACCUUCAUUUCGCUACAUUGGCAAUUGAUAAAAGGAAGUCAUUGCUCCAAUACUGGGACCUUGAAAGGAGUGUCUUCAGACCACUAGUUGAGAUCCCACUAGAUUCGGGUGAAGUGUUGGCAACAAGAAUCAAAUUUAAUGCGGUGGGUGAUUUAAUUGUCGUGGGCUUUGAAGAUGGGACAACGAGC